AUGCCAAACACUGUUUUUACUGCUGUUCCAAAUAUGGAUGAAGCAUUUCAUGUAAUACAAAACACUCUAUUCAAGAUUACAGUGCAAGCUAGAAUUAUUAAUCAGGCAGGCGGGGUCGAUCACUUUCUUCAAGUGCUGGUCAACGGAAAUUUAGUUAUUGGAAACAAAGUUGUACCGAACAAUGAGAAAAGAGUUAAUUUUGGCCUUGGUUCAGACAUUUGGUCAGUUGAUGUAACUGGAGGAUAUUUUUAUUCAGCGACUCUUCUGGGAAUGCCAAUAACUCGAGUAUCAUUUAUUUAUCUCUCACCAGGUACUUACAGGUUUGAUGUUGGAACGCGAUGUGCUUACAAUAAAGUAUCUUUUGGCAAUGCCAUUGUGACAUUUGAGUUAACUCAAUUUGAAGAUUGUUACAAUCUUCUUCUUUAUUUCGCCUUCUUAUUAUUAUUAUCUUUUCACCAGCAAUAA